AUGGUUCGAGUUGAGAAAAUUAAGACGAAAAAAGGAAAACGCGUUUUGGAGGAUCGCGCGCCGAAAACGAUUGAGAAUGAUAAGAAGGCGCUAUUUGCGAAAGGCUUGAAGACGAAUGAGAUUUUGAAUCACGCCAUGCUCGAUUUGUAUGAUUUGAAGAAGCCGUUGGUGACAAAAAUGGAUAAGCACAAUCAAUUCCAUUUGUUCGAGGACGAGACGCCGAUAAUCCGCGCCGGCACCAAAUUCGACACGUCGCUUUUCGUGUUGGCGUCGAAUUCGAAGAAGCGCCCGAAUUUGUUGACGUUCGGACGAACGUAUGACGGACAAUUGUUGGAUAUGGCCGAAAUGCGAAUCACCGCUUACAAAUCGUCGUCGAACUUCGAGACGCCGAAAAUGACGCUUGGCUCGAAACCGUGCAUUAUUCUUGAGGGCGCCGCGUUCGAAUCGGACGCCGAAAUGAAGCGAAUCGGCAAUUUGAUGAUCGAUUGGUUUCGUGGUCCGAAAAUCGAGAAGGUUCGCCUUGAGGGUCUCGAAACGGUCAUCGUGUUCACCGCCGUUGAUGAGAUAACGCUCUUGAUGAGGGUCUACAGAACACAUCUCAAAAAAUCGGCAACGUCAACUCCGCGAGUCGAGCUCGUCGAAAUGGGUCCCGCGCUGAAUUUCGAGAUUAUGCGCAAAAAAUUGGCGGAUGACGCGCUCUUCAAACUCGCGUGCCGACGGCCGAAGGCGUUGUUGAAGAAGAGAAGAAAGAAUAUGAGCGAAGACGUGUUCGGCAAUCAGCUCGCGCGUGUUCACGUCGGCAAACAGCGAACCGACGAUAUUCAGACGAGAAAAGUCAAAGCGCUCAAAAAGACGCCACUUGUGGAAUCAGAAGACGUCGAAAUGGAAGACGUCGAGGAAUGA